AUGGGACAAAUUUGCAGUAAAAUAUGCAAUACAACUGAAAGUGCUAAGGAUAGUUAGUAUGAAUAGACCCCAAAAAUAAAUAAUGCUAUUCCUAUAAAUAACCUCACUCAUGGGGAAAAUACUUAAUUACUUAAUUCAACCAAGUUGGAGUAAAAAUAGUAGAAUGGACAACUUCCACAAUAAUCAGUUUAGUAGUUAUAAUUAUCUAUCAAAACAGAAGAUUAAAAAACAGUUGAAGCACCAAAAAAAAAGGAUUUAACAUAUAAAGAUUUUGAUAGACUUUAGAAUUUAGGUUCAGGUGCAUACGGCGAUGUGAUAUUAGUUAAAAAAAAGACAAACAACAAGCAAUUUGCUAUGAAAAUUAUAAAAAAAUCAAAAAUAGUGAGUCGUAAUCUCAAUCCUUAAAUGAUCAUAGAAAAGAAUGUCCUUCUCGAAAAUAAGCAUCCUUUCUUAGUUAGACUUAAAUACUCCUUUUAAACAGAAAAAAAACUCUACUUAGUUAUGGAAUAUUGCCCUGGAGGAGAACUAUAUACAUAUUUAGUAAAUAAUAAAAAGUUUUCUAUAGAAGUCUCUAGGUUUAUUGCAGCAGAAGUCCUAUUAGGUUUGGAAUACUUACAUAAAAGCAUGAAAAUUAUUUAUAGAGAUUUAAAACCAGAAAAUAUUCUUAUUUCUGAAGAUGGCCAUCUUAAAAUAGCAGACUUUGGAUUAGCAAAAUAGUUUAAAAGAGAAGACGAACUAACAACUACUUUGCGUGGUACUCCUGAGUAUAUAGCUCCAGAAGUUAUUUUGGCAGAGUAAACUGGUAAGGGAUAUGGUCUCUAAUGUGAUAUUUGGGCAUUUGGUAUAUUUUUAUUUGAAAUCAUAAGUGGAAAUCCUCCUUUUACUGAUAAAAACAGAAACUGGGCUGGUAUUAAGUAAAAAAUUCUAUAAAAUAAGCCUCAAUUUACAGCUGAUUUUACAGAAGAAUCUUAAGAUUUAAUUUGUAAAUGUUUAAAGGACAACCCUUUAGAGAGGCCAAACUGGGAUGAAAUUAAAGUGCAUCCAUUCUUCUCUAAAAUCGAUUGGGAAGUUCUUUUAUCUAAGGGCAUAGAGAGUCCUCUCAAAAAACUAAUUCCUAAACGUUAAGGCAACUUAAUUCAAAGACCUAGACCAAUUUUUGAAACUUAAACAAACGAUAAAUAUGAACAGCUAAAUGGUUUUACUUACGAUCCUCAAAGUCACUGUAACCCCAACAAAGAAUACUGA